CGACUCUGUUGGUUUCGGCCUUUCCCUCAGAGCUGGAAACGACGGGAAUAGAUGGCAGGCCGGUCGCUGCACGCGCAGCUCUUUGACAAGACGCCAGAUCAGCUCUCUAUCAACCAGCGGCUGGAGCUGGACCCGGACCUCGACGAACUCGAGCUCGAGCUCGCGGCUACCGACGCGUCCGAGGCCGACCAGCAAGUGCUCGUCAUGUCCGAGACGAUCGACCUGCUUCGGCGCCACCUCGAAACGCAGCGCAAGGAGCUCCAAGCUGCUUACCGAACGCUCCACGAGUACGAGACCAAGACGCAGUCCGAGCGCUCGAAAGCACUUGCUACCGAGUCGCAGCAGGCGUCGGCCGACCAGCAACUCCGCGAUCUCGCCUUUACGCUCGAGCUCAAGAACGUUGCGCUGCACGAAGCGACGGUCGAGAAGGAGUCGAUGCGCAUUGAGCUGCAAAAGUACAAGGCGCUGACACGGGAGCUCUCGGAGCGUCUUGAGCGCAGUUGUGCCCCGGUGCACCACGCAACUGCGACGUACACCACCAGUAGCAACAACCAGAGCAAUAACGUCGCGGGCCUCAACCAAGCCAGCGUGCACUCGGCAGCGAGCAACCAGAGCGGCCACGUGCCCAAGCGCGAGCGAUUCGACCACAUUGUCCCUGCUUCGAUUGAGAACCGGGACGAUUUUUGGAAGCUGCAGUGGAAGGAGGCGAUGCGGGCUCGGAAGGGACACCCAACGACCAUCUACAACCAGUUCCCCGACCCGCCACCUCGGCAGCCAACGCUCAAGAUUUUUUCGAGUCCGCCCCACGGCAAGCGAGGGUUCGCGGACCGCGACGAGCGCUUCCCCGUGUCGCGCUACAUUGGCAUCAAUAGCCGACAGAGUGCGCUCAUCAAAGAGUGCUACAAAGUCGUUGGCAACACCACGUAAAACACACAUAUACAGUAUCGAAACCCUACACACAAUACAAUAGUCUAUUGUUGACCGAGA